CUAAUCUACUAUAUCUACACUUAUAUGUUUAGCAAUAUUUAGUGAAAUAAACUAGCCAAAAAUAAAUAUUUAGUGAAAUAACAUACAUAAAACAGAGAAGUAGACCUGCUGGUAGCUAAUCAAGAUAAAAAAUAUGAUUGAAAUGGGUAAGAUGAUGCAGGAUUGUCCUGCAGAAAUGAAACUGAGUUGGGUUAGAUCACAGAUAAUCGAUGGUGGUGGUUCCGACAGCGGCGGCGGUGGUGAAAGCAGUAGUAGUGCAGAAUUCAACUCAUCCUUUGGCAAACGCCGAAUCACCUACGCUGAUUCUACUGCUACCGCCCGCUCUCUUCAUUUCAUUGAAGAUUAUAUCAUCUCCAAUGUUCUUCCUUUUUAUGGAAACUCUCACACCACUGAUAGCUACGUGGGACAACGAACAACAAAGACAGUAGAAGAAGCAUCAAGAUACGUGAAAAGGUGUUUAGGAGGUGGAGAAGACGAUGCAAUCCUAUUCUGUGGUUCAGGAACUACAGCUGCCAUUAAAAAGCUUCAAGAAGUAAUAGGAGUUGCAAUUCCAUCAACAUUAAGAAACAGAGUUUUAGAGAUCCUGAAAAAUGAAGAGAGAUGGGUAGUUUUCGUGGGGCCAUACGAGCAUCACUCGAACCUCCUUUCAUGGCGAAACAGCCUUGUAGAAGUUGUUGAGAUCCCGUUAACUGAUGAUGGAGGGUCUAUUGAUAUGGAAGUGCUUAGAGUUCAGCUUCAACAUUAUGAGUCUACUAAUCGUCCUAUGUUGGGUUCGUUCUCUGCUUGCAGUAAUGUUACUGGGAUAGUCUCGGAUACUCGAGCUAUUGCGAGUUUGCUUCAUCGAUUUGGUGCUUUUGCUUGCUUUGAUUUUGCAGCUAGUGGUCCCUAUGUUGAAAUCAACAUGAAAUCGGGCGAAAUUGACGGCUAUGAUGCUGUUUUUGUUAGUCCACACAAGUUUAUUGGUGGACCAGGAACCCCAGGAAUCCUCUUGCUAAGCAAGAAGCUGUAUCUGCUCACAUCUUCCUCACCUUCAACCUGUGGAGGAGGAACUGUUUCCUAUGUCAAUGGCUUUAAUGAACAGGACACUUUAUACUACGAUAAAAUCGAAGAAAGGGAAAAUGCAGGGACUCCUCCAAUAAUCCAGACUAUUAGAACAGCAUUAGCAUUCUGGGUUAAGGAAUAUAUUGGUCUCAAAACCAUAGAGAAACAAGAGCAUAGCUAUAUGGGAAGAGCUUUGGCCAAACUAGGCAAUAUUCAGAACAUUCGAAUUCUGGGGAACAAGAACACUAGUGUGAAGCGACAGGCUAUCUUAUCCUUCCUGGUGUAUCCUCCAGCCACCCGAAAGCAGGAUUCGGAACAACCUAAGCCACUGCACGGCCGUUUUGUCGCGAAACUGUUGAAUGAUUUGUUUGGUAUCCAAGUUAGAGGAGGGUGUGCUUGUGCUGGACCAUAUGGUCACUACUUGCUCAAUGUUGACAAAGACUACUCUUUGGCUUUAAGAUCAUCAAUCCAACAGGGCUAUCAAGGAAUUAAGCCGGCAUGGACGAGGAUUAGCUUCCCAUAUUACAUGUCAAGCGAAGAAUUGGAGUAUGUAUUAGAUGCAGUGGAAUUGGUAGCUACAUAUGGACAUCGGUUUCUUUCAGUAUACCAUUUCAAUUGGAGGAAUGGGGAUUGGACCAUUAAUACGAAGGCGUUUGAACAAGUCCUUAAUAAUUCAAGAAAGAACAUUGAGGAUGAGUUGAAAUUAGCUAGUUUCAUGCAAGAUUUGAAGCUAAAGUCUAACAAGAAGGUGAAAGAUAAUGACACAACUAACAAUGACAAAUGUUUGACAGUUAAGUAUGAUUCAUAUGUGGAGACUGCAAUCUUCAUCGCUUCUCUGUUACCAGUGUGCCCUGAUAAAGGUUGGGUUCCGGAGGAGUUGCUGGACAUUGACUUACCCUUUCAAAUGUAGAUUUAUUUUUUUAUUCUUUUUUGACAUUGUUUAUAUUUUGGGGAAUCAUUAUUCUUUGAUUUGAUGUAUAAAUGUAUAAUACGAGUAGGCGAGAACAUAGUUUCUACAUGUAUUACUCGUAAAAAUAGAAAAUAGGGGAAACUGUGUGAUUUGAAUGUAUCUAUGAUUACUUUGUUUUGGUAAAUAUAUAUUAUUUCUUGGA